GGCCACGAUCGGGCCCAAAAACUGGUGCGGAUCCACCGGUGGAGGAUGUAGCUGGCGUGCGAGCGCAUCGACGGUGGGCGCGCGGACAAUGGAGCCGAGGCUGCAGCCGGUGCCGGCCAGCGCUAGCGCGGCUGCGGGGUUGACGCCCGGGAUGCCAAGCAGGAGCUUGAGGCCGGAUGAGAUGGAGGCAAACUGGACACCUCGGAGCCACGGACCCAGCCCGUAGCCUGUGAUGGCCUCGGCCUCGGCGAGAUCGCGCACUGUAGCGCCGGACUCGUCCGACGAAAACGUGCACACCACGCUGACGUCUGAAAGCCGCUCGAGCGCCGCAAGCGCGCGCUGGUAUGUGGGCUGGCGCUCAAAGGUGUCGUACACCUUGGUCCGCGACGCACCAAGCGCCAUGGCGUCGGCGUGCGCCGCCCGGACCUGCGCGCUGUCUUUCCGCGCCGACGUCGCAAGCUCGGUCUCGCCCUCGACAAAGACCACAACUCUGGGAAAGAUCUGUCCCAGCCGCUGCAGGACCGGCUUCACCGGUGCUCCUGUUCGUGGCGUGCCCGACGUCUUGCCAAACUCGGACAUCUUGAGCUGCUUCUGCGAGAGGCGGUAAACCACCAUCCGCUGC